GCAGUAUAAGCUUUUUUAUUUGCUAAUGUUGAUAUCUGGAUACAAUUUUUUAGGUCCAGUCCCUCAGUCUAUAAAUUUGGAUGAUUCUAACGAUUUCGAAGUAAUGGAUACAAUCCCAGACGAAGAAAUGAAAGAUGUUUAUGAUGAGGAGGAAAUGGUUAAAUUGAAUGACAAGCUAGAGGAAAAAUCCAAGAAUUUAGGGGCUUACUAUCGAAUCCAUCAAAUAGCAAAACGGCGGAAUGAAGGAAAAAAAGUGACUAUAGAUGAACAGUCGGCUCAACUUGAAAAAUUUGAGAGCAAUCCGGAUAUGGAGGAACCCAUUCCCUGGAAAGCCCGACUAACUGAUCUAGACUCUGAGCUGCAUCGUUCAAGAAACAAACUUCACCGUCGUAGCGAGAACGCCUCAGACGUAAAUCUGGAUUAUGCAGAGUUAGAGAGAGAGUACAAAGCGCAACUUAGAAAAAAGGCACAUUCGAAUAACACAGUAAACGCCACCGAAAUUAAAGAAGACGAAUCUCUCAAAGAUGCGCUAGGGACCCUUGUCGACUUUAAAAAGUCUAAAAACUGUACCGAUGAAGAAAGAAAGGGAAUAGGUUUUAAAUCUAUUAUGUGUUACAUUAAUGAACCAGAAAACCAAGACAAUCGUUUGUCGACAAAAAUAUUUUAUUUGUCUCUAGUUAUAUUAGCAGCAUACAUAAUUAUUGCAAUUCCUUGCUGGUGUUCUAAAGGAUGGUGCUGUUGCUGUUGUCGAUGCAAAUGGUGCUUUCCUCGGCAGAGAAUUGAUGAAGCUAAGAAGUUUCUAGCUGACAACCCUGUAGGGGUGUAUCAUGACAAAGAUGGGAAAAAAAUUGAAUUCAAAACCACUAUUUAUGAGAAGUAUGCAUUUGCACAAUUGGAAAAAGCAUUAAAGAAAUGUUAAUCAACAAUAAGUAGAUAUAUAUAAAUAUUUGUAGUCUGAAUAUAUAUUAUUAUUAAUAAAUAUACUUCACAAUUUA